GAUUGUUAUUUUCUAACGAAUUUCUGCUAAUCGUAGGUUGAAAAUGCAAAGACAAGCCAAAGACAAAAUGUGGAAAAGAUGGGGGCUGUUCCAAGCCACGGAUUUCCAAUCUUUAAUGUAUCCCUGCUUCACCUUUUGCCGCAUUCUCGGGAUAUUUCCGUACAAACUGAAGGCUUCAACUUUCGAAGCGUCGAAACCGUGCUACAUCUUAUCAAUUGUGAUCAGCUGUAUUUAUUGCGUUUUCGACGUAAUAUUAAUUCAUGGUAUUAUUGCUUCGAAAAUGGACUUUGGAAGUGUUACAAAGAAGCUUCAAGUUACCAUUUACUAUGUGUCGAGCGAUUUCUUAGUAAUUAUCACGCAUGUCUUGAACAGUGCACGAAUGCGCUUGUCACAGACUAUGUUGGAGAUUUCUGCAAUAUUACCACCGGAUUCCUAUCAAGAGCUAUCCAGAUUCAUCCAUACCAAAGAUAUAUUGGCUAUUAUUUUGAGGAUUAUAAACAUAUAUCUAAAUUUUUAUAAACUACUAACAUAUCAAUUAAAUUUCACUGAAACGCCACUUUCAUUAAAUAUCAUAUUGGUGAUUACAAUAUUUACAGUAUACGCUGCUCUACUGGAAUUACAAAUAAAUAUGCUGUAUAUAAAUUAUAUUUGUGUAUUAAAGGCCUGUUUCAAAAGAAUUAAUGACAAUCUGGCGCACAUACAAAAACUUAUGAUAAACGACAUGAAACAAUGCAAUCUCGGAUUAAUCUCUCGUGUGCACAGAAAUCAAGUUCUGCUAGUAGAAUUACAGACUUUGAGGAAGCAGCAUCUGAUGAUCAGCAAUACGGUGCAAAUGUUGAAUAUAGUCUUCAGUCUGCCAUUGCUUGCCAGUAUAAUCUUAUGCUUUUGUGUUACCAUCUUUGACUUAUAUUUCAAUGCGGUGCACUGGAAUAUGCAAGAUGGAAUAUUUAUUAGUUUAGACAGGUACCUUCUUGAUAGGCUUUUAACGGCCAUGAUGUAUAACUGUGUAAAAAUAGUAUUACUUGCGUGGGCCUGUGAGACAACUAAAAAUCAGGCCGAAGGGAUUGUUACCACCAUUCACGAUUUACUUAACAGUACUGAUAAUAAACAAAUAAAAAAGGAGUUGCAGUUGUUUUCUUUACAAACGUUACAUUGCAAAAAUAUAUUUUCGCCGAAAGGUUUUACUGUAGAUUCAACGCUUCUUGCAACAACAGUGGGUACUAUUGCCAUGUAUUUAUUAAUACUACUACAAUUCUUAAAUAUGUCGCAUUCUUGCGACGAAAAGGCAGCAAUCAGUGUUACACAACCUAAUUGAAAAAGAUAUGAUACAUCAUAAAAAGAAAUUGUUUUAAUACUACAAAUACUCUUUUUUGCCCUUGUUAAUAAAAUAUAAUCGAAACAUUUUAUAUACACACACAC